CAGUUGCUUUGCCUGAAGAGUAACAAAUCCAGUUUAUUUGGGAAAUUAGUUGUUUAUGAUCUGUCAAACGGCAGUCUACAAGGUUUAUUAGUGUAAUUUUAAGGUUGUCGAUUCAGAAAAAAAGGAGCAAGCAGAAAUUCAUUUAGCGCAAGGGCAGAAUUAAGCGGUCCAAGUUGAACUCGCCGGCAGUCUUUGUCUAUUUUCCAAAGGUGGGGCUGUACUCUAGUCAUGUUUGCUUUCCCAUAGCUGUGUACUGAUUGCCCAGUGACACAUCAAUCUUGAGCACGAGUAUCUGUCUGGUACCACUUUGCCAGGAAGUGGAGUCCAGUAGGUUCUCGCCAGAAGAACCCCUCAUGCUGUAACCAGCACAUGGACUAUAAGAAUCCUGUACAUCCAAACAAAAGACCCAGGACUGAACCACCUACAAUGUCUAUUCGUGGUCCCAUCCCUAAUGGCCCUAUGCAUCCGCGCCCCCUCAUUGCCCUGCUGGACGGUAGGGACUGCUCGGUGGAGAUGCCCAUACUCAAAGAUGUCGCCACAGUCGCGUUCUGCGAUGCCCAGUCAACUUCAGAAAUACAUGAAAAGGUUUUAAAUGAAGCAGUUGGUGCACUGAUGUGGCACACAAUCACACUGACCAAAGAAGACUUGGACAAGUUCAAAAGUUUACGGGUGAUCGUCAGAAUUGGCAGUGGCUAUGAUAAUGUAGAUGUGAAGGCCGCCGGAGAGCUUGGUAUUGCAGUCUGCAAUGUUCCCGGCUACGGCGUUGAGGAAGUGGCUGACUCGACCAUGUGUCUAAUUCUGAACCUGUACCGCAGAACCUACUGGCUGGCUAACAUGGUCAGGGAAGGGAAGAAAAUCAGUGGGCCAGAAAACUUACGAGACGCUGCUCAAGGCUCCGCACGCAUCCGAGGCGACACGUUAGGAAUUGUGGGCUUAGGUCGUGUGGGUACAGCUGUGGCACUCCGAGCUAAAGUAUUUGGUUUCAACGUUAUAUUCUAUGAUCCAUAUCUCCCUGAUGGAAUUGAAAAGUCAUUAGGCAUAACGCGGGUGUACACACUGCAGGACCUGUUAUUUCAGAGUGACUGCGUAACUCUGCACUGUAACCUGAAUGAACAUAACCACCAUCUCAUCAACGACUACACAAUCAAACAAAUGAGGCCAGGUGCCUUCCUCAUCAACACAGCGCGUGGAGGUCUGGUGGAUGAACUGGCUCUGGCCUCAGCGCUUAAGGACGGACGUAUCCGGGCUGCAGCACUUGAUGUGCAUGAAAGUGAGCCAUUCUCCCUCACAAAUAGUCCCUUAAAAGACUGUCCAAACCUGAUUUGCACACCUCACUCGUCCUUCUACAGCGAGCAGAGUGUGACGGAGCUGCGCGAGAUGGCUGCUGGAGAGGUGAGGCGGGCUAUCAUGGCCAGGAUCCCCGACAGUCUCAGGAACUGUGUCAACAAGGAGUACUUCUCCCCAGGAGUGAUUCCAGGAGCUAAUGUAAGAUACCCAGCGUUUCCACCGACCGGGUUUCCCGGGGACUCCAUGAACGGAGCAGGGACUUAUGCAGGCUACAACCAGGCAGCAGCUGCAGCAGUGGCCAUGGGAGUGCAUUCAACCACCAUAGAGGCACACCAGCCGGUGUCACACAGCACCGCCCACAGUACACCGCACAGCACCCUCUCCGACUCUGGCAACCACUUGAUCAAAUCUGAGACCUCGGAGGUGCAUUAAUACUGGCCAGAACUGUGACACUGAUCAUAAACUUACAACCGCGCGAUCACAUUUCACCAGUGUGAGAACUUUGUAUUACACAAACUGGGCAAAGUGUGGGAAAAGUUUGGGAUUUUUUUUUUUUUUUACGAAAGGAAGAAAAACGAAAAGUUCAAAGGAAAAUUUUUUUCCUCCUAAUCUUGUGAAUUUUUUUUCAUACUUUUGUUUUCAGAACCUUCCAGAUUUGAAAAACUUUAAAUGUGGUCAAUGCGAAGGGUUCAAAUGGGAGAAUAUAUAUUUUUCUUUCAAUUUUUCAUGAAUUUGUUCCAAAAAAUGUAACAAAAAAGAAUAGUGAUCUUGCAUGUUUUUUUUGUUUUUUUUCCUGUUGACCAACUUCAUCUUGUAGAGGUUAUUAUGUUAUCUGUAUUCGCAUCAUCCGUCUCUUAUUUCUAUUUUUUGAGCCAGUACAAUAUAUCAGCUGUUGACUCAGAUCUGUACUCUUCUGUUGAUUCAGAUACUGGGUUACACUUGCUUCAUAAACAGAUAUGGUUCUCAUCUAUAUUAUAGUACAAUUAAUGGAGGCAUUUUCGUUUUGGUAGAACUGUUUGCACCAGACUUGUGCAACACCUCCAAAAGGAAAAUGACUGCAGUCAGAAACAAAGGAUCACAAGAGUUCUUUUUGGUAGGAAACACGUCACUCUUCUUUUCUGAUGAAGCAGUUUUGAUAAUUGAAGCCCAUCUGAUAAUUCCAAGACUUUUCAUUAUUAUGUGGCUUAAAUACAGUUUCAAUUUUGAAAGGGUUUGGGAGUGAAAAUCUUUGCAGGAAGUUUUCAUUACCAAGGACAGUGUUUUGUGAGAAACAUUAGUUGACAUUCUGGGUACAGUAAGAUAGUGAAGGCAGCGCCUCAGUUUUCAUUGUUGGCUGAGGUGUAUCUGUGUGUACUACUGUAGAAGACGUGUGGAAAUGUGGUGGGAAUGGACAAGGUCAUAUCGUACUGUCCAGGGAUUAUUCUGACGUUUCUGUAUCAUUGUACACGAUGAGGGCUGUUAGUAGAUGAAAUGUUUGUGCAGAAUAGGUUUCUUUUUUUUUUAAAGCCAGGUUUCAUUAAUUAUUUGUCCAUAAAAAUCUCUGAAGUAGGAGAAUGUCAUAUCUUCAUUACACAUCUUCAUCAUUUUCAUUUUUCACAUUGAACACAUCUGAUAAUAAUCUUGAAAUUUCUGCCAAUCAUGCAGUAAUUAUUAGAGGUGGCCAAAAAAAAAAAAAAAAAAAUUCAAGACGCCAAAAAUCAUGCAGUUACAUAUAAAGGUGAUAAAGGAUUGCUGUGAGGUUUGUCCAUGGUUGUUAAAAAAAAAAAAGAAAAAAAAAGCCCACUUGCUCAGCAAUUGUGGUUUGCACGUUGAAACAAGACAGUGAUACUGAAGAUUUUGGAGGUAACUCAACAAAUUCGCCAUUCCGAUUCAUGAAUGUGUUUUCAAAUUUAUGAAUGAAGAAUAGCUCAGUCUUCACUUUACAUUAUAAAAACAUCACUUUAGUAAUUUUUUGCAUUUAAAAGUACAGCUAAGAUCAGGGAGUUGUUAAACCAACUAAAAUCUGAGGUUAUAUUCUGCCCUGAUGUGCUGGAUCUGUUCAUAUUUUACGCUUUAUACAGAUACUAUGUGUUUGUCACAUUUAAAUACUGAUUUCAUGUUGAGAGUGAUUAGGAUUAUCUACAAAACCAGUGUUGCAAGUUUGGCCCAGUAAACAAGGAACAAUGAAGAAUGGCUAGACAAUGCCUCUGAAGCCUUCGAACAGACAAUGCCAAUGUUUUCACAUACCCCAUGAAUUUUUUGGCCAGUCAGUGCCAGUGCUUGCAGAUAUCUCUUAGUUAUUUGGCCAGACAGUGCCAGUGCUUGCACACAUCCCUGAAUUCUUUGGUCAGAUAACUCAAGUGUUUUCAAAUACCACUGAGUCCUUUGGUCAGACGAUGCAUGCUUUAACACGUAUCCCUGAAUCCUUUGGUUAUACAAUGCCAGUGUUUUCAGAUACCACUGAAUCCUUUGGCUAGAUGAUGUCAGUGUUUUCACCUACCCAUAAAUCCUUUGGCAAGACGAUGUCAGUGCUUUCACAUAUCCCUGAAUCAUUUAGCCAGACAAUGCAAGUGUUUUCAGAUACCCCUGAAUCCUUUGGCUAGACAGUGCCAGUAUUUUCACCUACCCAUAAAUCCUUUGGCAAGACGAUGUCAGUGCUUUCACAUAUCCCUGAAUCAUUUAGCCAUACAAUGCAAGUGUUUUCAGAUACCACUGAAUCCUUUGGCUAGACAGUUCCAGUAUUUUCACAUACCCUUAAGUCCAUUGGCUAGACAAAGUCUGUUUUCACAUACCCCUGAAUCCUUUGGCCAGACAUAGUCAGUGUUUUCACAUACCCCUGAAUCCUUUGGCUGGACCAUUGGAAUGUUUUGACAUACCCUUUGGCUAGUCAGUGUUUUCACAUGCCCCUGAAUCCUUUGACUAGACAAUGCCAGUGCUUUCACGCUCUCCAGAAUCCAAAAAAUGAUCUUGCAAUAGUUCAGUCAUAGGAUAGGGAUAUGAGGUAGGCAAUGUCCUAUAUGAAAUGGUUUAGGUCUCCUCUUCCAUUGUCAGGAUACACAAACUAGGUUUGUUUGAGGGAUUCUGGCUGAAGUACAUCCAUUUAACAUUACACAUUUUGAGGCUUUUGCACAGAUAUCAUACAUGAAUAUCAUUGUUGAUCUUGGAACAAAACCAACAUCUGAAGGCAAACUGGGCCCAGUUGCAGACAUUGUGCAGACACUCUUGUUGAGAACAGACAUUUAAGUUGUUUGAUACAUACAUCCUUGUGUUUGAUGAAGACCUCCUGUUUCAUAGACAUCCUGUUGUUUCAUACUGACUUUGCGGCAUCCUUUAUUUGUCAGUUCUAUAUAUUUGAGACAUUGAUCAUCUUAAGGCACAGUGUGAUAAUGUUUUAGACUGAAAACGUGUACCACAUUCUUACAGCCACGCAAGCAUCGUGGAUUAAUCCUGAAAUUAUGCAUUUAAUAUAUGAAGAUCCAGUGGAAUUGUUUUGUCAUCAAAACGUGGAUUCAUAUAUGUAUUGGCAAGUUGAAUUUUGGAGGUGAAUAUUUGUUCACUUGUGGGAGGGUUUUGACUCCAGACUAGAAGGCCUGUAAUGUGCACACACAUGUAUCAGUACAUGUAUACCUCCAUGAAGUUGACAUCCAUAUCGGGCUGUUAAGUCACUUAGGCAACCAUUCAUGUUUAUUACAUAUAGUUUAGUGUGUAAUUGGCCUCUAGGGUGCAAAAAGGGCAUUUCUUCUGGGUGCACUUCUGUUUGCAACUGAUAAACAUUUCUUCUAUCGAAUGCAUUUGAAUGAUGUCUGAUUUUCUGAUGUCUGUCUGCUUUAAAAGGGAAACAACUCCUUCAUCGAUUUAUCACUAGCUUAGGUCUUUUGUGUCCGCUGAAACUUGAUGACCGACAUCUCAGUUAUACCUUGUACAUGUUUGUUUUCGAUUAGAUCUACAGUAUCCUAACAAUGUUGUUGGGGCGGGUUGACCAGUGGUGUUAAGGGUCACCACCGAGAAUGAGAACUAACAGUGUCCCAUUGUACAGUAUCAUCUCCAUCUACAGGUUGUGAGUCCACCAUCAUUGAUGUCUUCACACACAACCUUUUGUGCUGUCAUUUUGAAAGGCCAUGGAGAACAUGUUAUGUGUCUUUAACUUAACACAAUGACAUGAUUAUAUCUAUGGCUUUCAGAAUUAAUCAUUAGGCCUACAUGUAUGUCCAUUAGCAUGCUUAGUUGUUGUAUUGGCAGUUGUUGCAGUAAAAAGAAAGGAGAUAAACGAUGAUCUCUUCUCUUUUUGUUUCUCAGCUAAAAAAAGGGCAGGUAACUCUUAUGAUAAAUCCUGUUUGAGGGAGAGUGUUGUGCAUGAAAAACAGAUUGGCAAAAUGGCUGCACUCUCUUCUGUAUUCUCAACUUGUGAACUUGCAUAUCUCAUAUUGAUAGAUAUAUACAUAUAUAAUCAACAUGUGUACAUUUUCCAUACACUUAAUACCAUGUUUUGAUAAUUUCAUCCCAGUUCUCCCCCUCAAGAAAAAACAAAAAAACAAAACAAACCGGCCAGAGCAUUUGCAAGGGACUCUCAACCAAUAGUUUCUUGAUAAUAAUUACGUGCACAUAAUUGUCUGAAGAAUUUUGGGGUACUGCAGUGUUCCUUAUUCACAAAACAAAGUUUGCAUGUGACAUUUGUUAUUGAGGAGAAAAUGAGUUUCUUAUAUUUUUUGGGCCCGCUGUCGUCCUACAACACCUGUCUUUGAGCAUUUUUGGAUAUAUCAUGUAGACAGUUAUACUGUGCGGCCAUUUUGUAUUCUUUUUUCCUUUUUUCUCGGUUGUAAAGUGAAAUACAAUACCACCAAUUUUUCUGUAUUGUGAAUUUGGGCUCUAUUUUGUCUUUCUGUGCCCAUGUGUAAGCGUACUUCAAAUGUUGCUGUUGUUGGUGGUCUGCUUAUUCUUCUAUGCAGACACUAUUUGAAGGAACUAUCAUACAGUAUUUUGAGAUGGUUUACAACAACUUUAUAAUUUACACGACUUUAUCAGUGAAUAUUGAGUGACCGAAGCCGGACACAAAACCAAGGUGUUACAAUUUCUGUGAAAGUAGUGCUUUUGUAAUGUCACUUUGGCUUAUAAAUCUAUCAUCAGGUGUCGAAAGCUUGAUUAAAAACCAACUCUUUUAACACCCCACAAUCCUGUCAUUGGGAAGUAGGUCCUCUGAAGAUUUGCGCCACAUGAGACACAAGGUGACUCAAGUUACAUUUUGUAAAAUGUUUUUCAUUACAAGAUGUACACAGUUUGGACAGCUUGUCAUGCUCAUAGCGUAGACAUGAAAACACAAAUUUUGUACAGUUAAUUUUAAGCAUUAGAAAAUUUGCAGUCUUAAUUGAUGAAGUUGGUGCUUGGGACAACAGGACGGGAUGUUAAAAGAUUUGGUUUUAGUCAAAUCGACUCUAACCCAUGUUUUUUUUUUCAUUUGUACAUGUAGCUCAUGGUUUCGAUAGGUAAAUUUGAUACUGUGUGUACGUAUACAUCAGCUCUGCUUUGCAUAUGUCCGAUUCUCUGUGAGCCCAGCAUUUAGUUAUUUGUGUUUGUAAAUAGUCUUCAGCUACAGCAUAGCUCUCCUCCCGACUGAAAAACUAGCUUCAUGCUCAUGUGUUGUAUUGUUCAUGGACACAAUUCACCCUCACCCACCCCCCACCCCCUGCUCCCCAAAACCAAAACCCAUUUUCAUUUUAACCACUUUUGAGCUUUUUUUGCCCUAACUAUUUGCAGCCAUCCCAGAUCAUGUGUAUCAUGUCUUUGUGCCCCGUUUAGCCUUAUUUUGUUUCCCUUGUGCUUAUAUAUCUUGUUUGUGUAGUGCUCUAGCAACCAGCCUGGAUAUCCCCCUAGUGAUCUAGGGGGAGGUCACUCCUACAUGACCUCCCCCCAGACUGCCUGUGGUAUCUUGACCUCUAUUGAAUUGUAGCAUCAGUGUAUAGCCACAUUUGUAGAUAAUCUUAUUACAUUGUAAAACGAUCUUCCAUAUGAUUUUAAAUAAAGACUUUGAUCAGACAUACAA